AUGCACACACUAACCGCCUUUCCCGCCGCCAUCGUCAUCGAAGACAAAAAACCCGAAGUGGCAGUCGAAGCAGUCGAAGCCAUGGAGAACUACCCCACUCGCCGAGGCAACCACCACGUUGGAACCUCUCGCAGCGCCAGCCAAAAGCUGCAAGACACCCCAGCACAGGCAAAGUGGCACAGUGGUGUGAAUCCUGACGCUACCAUUAACCUCCCUUGCUCAAUCGACACGUUCAAGCGAGACGCCGCCAACCACCCUCACCUGCGAGAACUCUGCGGAGGAUCUCUCCCCGAUACCAACUCCAAUAUCUUCAAAGACCUUUCGCGCCACACGGAGGCUUACGUGACAGCGCCUUUUCACCUUGAGCAGAUUGUUUUGGUCUGGGGAAAUCCCAGACAAGUAUGGGCUUCGAUCACCAUCCUGAACAGUCUGACUUCGAAGCUGGUCGGUACCAGAGUCAGGGUGGGAGGCGACUGGAUAAAAAUGCGGCCCAUCAGAGCCAUUGACGAGCGCCUUGCUCGCAUUGCCGCGCAGCGCCAAGCGAAGUUGGAGGAUCUCCGGAAGGAGCCAGAAAAUCCUGGCACUGCCUGGGAAUCUCUCGGCAACCAGCUUGAAUUGCUGGACGGUCUGCGGGAGCAAUACAAAGUUCACCUCUAUCCAUGCGACCCGAAGACGCAAAUAAUUGGCAUGAGUGGCACUCGCAGCGUGGGAGAGACCUGGCAGAUUGCUCGCCAUAUCGAGCGCAUCUGGAGGGAGAUCUCGGGCAAAGUUGACCGGGUCAAGUUCUACAUGCUCAACCCGCCUGAAUUAUACCACAUGCGAGAGAACGCGAUCCACUUGAAUAACUCGCAGUUCGCAACGGCCUUUUUCGACGGAGAUGUGGUGCCACGUGAGCGCCAGGAGCAAGUGAACAUGGACAUAACUCGGGCCCAGCAACGCAUUGACACUUGCUUGUUGGAACGCACGUGGCAAGCGCUCAUCAGUACCCAGCAGCUCCGUGGCGAUCUGCAGAUACGGGUGAAUUUCGGACAUUUGGUUCUGGAGAGGUACAAGUUCCCAUCGGAUGGCGGACCCUCGUACCCUAUCGACGAAUUCCGGCGUGUUGUCGAGCACGAGGGGAUUCAGGGACGCCUGCUUCCUGGGUACGUUGUUCAUAUCUCAAGAAGCGAUACCAGAACUAAUCAGAAUCUUUUCGUGGAUACAGGUUCAAAUUCGGAAACUCGACACUCUGAAGCAAGCCGCUCUCACCGAGGCGUUGGAUCUUCCCACAAGAAAGUGAGGUUCAACCAGCAGGCCAACGUGGUCCGCUUCGUGGAAAAGGCCGCGGUGGAGUUCGGGAUCAAGGAAACCCCGUACUUUAUCCAGCUGAUCCGCCUCGAUGAAUACAAGCGCGUCGGGACCAAACCUGCGAACUGGGCUCUUGAACCAGUCACCUACUGGGCCGUCUCGUUGCUGGACCCUAACUGGAAGGACUUCUUGAAGGAGGAGAGCGACCUUCGUGAUGGGAAGCGGUUCUGGAACUUCAUCGAGGUUGUUGAGGCCGUUGCCGCGUUCCUUGGUCCUUCUCGGGAGGCCCAUAUUCCUGUUCCCACCGAGCCGCCUCGCCAGCCUCUGGUUGACAUGGACUUGGGAACCCUCUUCUAA